AUGCGCUCCAAUCGUGGCUCGAUCGAGUGCCGUAUUUUCCAGAUGAUUUGCAAUAAAUGCCGACUUCCCCAGGUUAUCAACAACGCGCCCCAAUCAGCUACUAGCAAGUCAGCUAUUGGUUCACAUGCCCUUUCGGGGCCAUGCGAUAUCUAUGCUGCCGGGGGAACUCCUUGUGUUGCGGCAUUCGGAACCACGAGAGCAUUAUACGGGUCAUACAGUGGCCCGCUCUAUCAACUCCAACGAAGUUCUGACGGCCAAACUACCGACAUUGCCCCUACAAGUCCCGGUGGUGUGGCAGACGUCUCGGUGCAGGAUACGUUCUGUGCCAACACCACUUGUGCCAUACCCAUCAUUUACGAUCAGUCUGGCAAGGGGAACCAUCUUACCAGGGCACCUCCAGGCGGUGGCUCUAAGGGCCCUGCCCCUGGACAGUAUGAUGAUAUUGCGGCCGCUUAUGGUGCUCCGGUGCUCGUAAACGGACAAAAGACAUACGGUAUCUUCGUACACUCUACGGUUGGUUACAGAAAUGAUAAGACCACUGGCGUUGCUGUUAAAAAUGAGGCAGAGGGUAUGUAUGCAAUCUUUGAUGGGACCCAUUACAAUGGCAACUGUUGCUUCGAUUUUGGCAAUGCGGAAACUACGAACCAUGCCGACGAUAACGGAUCGAUGGAGGCCAUCUAUUUCGGUGAUGACACUAUGUGGGGUUCUGGUGCUGGUUCUGGCCCCUGGAUUAUGGCUGAUAUGGAGAAUGGCCUGUUUUCGGGCCAAGGAUCUGGCUAUAACCCAGGCGACCCAUCCAUCGAGUCACGAUUUGUGACAGCCUUUCUCAAAGGCGACUCCACUAACUUGUGGUCUCUUCGCGGUGGCAAUGAAACGGCAAAAUCUCUAUCUACCUACUACAGCGGGCCUCGCCCUGACGGGUACUAUCCCAUGGACAAACAGGGCGCAAUCGUUCUUGGUAUCGGCGGAGAUAACGGUAACUUGGACCAGGGGACUUGGUAUGAAGGGGUUCUUACAUCAGGCUAUCCAUCUGAUAAGACUGAAGAUGCAGUCCAGGCCAACAUUGCGCAGGCUGGAUUCACCGCAACGUCCCUGGCAAAUGGCCCACCACUUAAGGUUGGGUCUACGAUCACGAUCAAGGCAACAACCCCUGGUUUCACAAACAGAUAUCUAGCCCACGAUGGCUCCACCGUCAACACGCAAGUUAUCUCCUCCUCUAGCGAUACAUCCACAAAGCAGAAGGGUAGCUGGGUUGUACGACAAGGUCUUGUUGCCUCCGCUCUGGGCUGUCUGUCUCUAGAGUCCGUCGAUACUCCAGGUUCUUUCAUUCGCCAUAGUGGCUUCAAACUAUAUAUCAACGCCAACGAUGGAAGUAAGCAAUUUUCAGAAGAUGCGACUUGGUGCCCGCAGCAGAGCUUUGAUAGCACAGGGUCUAACGCUCUGCGAUCGUGGAGCUAUCCUACUCGAUACUUUCGCCACUAUGACAAUACUGGCUAUGCGGCGACGGAUGGUGGAUGGGAGGACUUUGAUACUAGUACUGACUUUACCGAAGAUGCUAGCUGGCUCAUAAGUAGCUCGUUUCAGAAUUAA